AGCCAGUGUCGCUCGCUCUCGGACUGUGAUUGCGUUUCUCCGCGGAUCUCUGGAGAGAGCUGCAGGCAGUGAGCUCACAUCCUCGCGAUGCAGCUGCCAGCAAGUCAUACUGCGAAUACUAGUUCAUAACUCCGGCUCAAAUCUGCGACAUACUCGCCAGCCUUGCAGGACUACCGCGUAGCGACAUAUUAACGCGUUGGUCUCAGAUUGUACGCGCAGGUUCUUCCAGUCACUGCUGGCUAUGGAAUGCGGUUUCACUUAAACACCUCCCCUGCUUUUCUUAGUGGGGUCGUGCAUUUUUUCUCGGCUCGUUGUGUCGGAUCUAUCGGUUCAUUGUGUGAAACCGAGCGCCAUGUGGGCCAGGAACGAUUUUGAGGACGGAUUCGACGCUUAUAAGAUAGGUUCGAGCACGUCCUCUCCUGGAUGGGUCCCUGGCUGCGACUCAGCAUGGCAAGCUUCCUCUUCCGCCACUGGCAUUAGCAGCCGCGGGCGACGUCACAGCGCUGCCUCGGACAGUGGCGAUACCGGCAUCGGGACCUCGUGUUCUGACAGCGUAGAAGACCACUCCACCUCCAGCGGCACAUUGUCUUUCCAGCCUCUGCGCUCGCAAGGUCCCAUCCCCACGGCCCACGUCAUGCCAUCUCCGUCCAGCUCCAAACUCAGCGUGCCCUCGGCCCCCACCAGCCCCUGGAGCAGCUGCCAGCUCCCUUCUCCCCUCGACAGCCCCCUGGACAUGAAAGACCCUCGGCCGGUGCGCCGCUGGUCCUCUCUCACCCGUCUGACCGGCCAGGAAAAGUCCACCCCUUCCGGGAGACCGUCGCAACGCAUGGACCCGCACGGCUCCCUGGAUCGAGGUGUGCUUUACGGCUACCGACAGGACCCUCUUUAUUCAGACGGCUUUCUUUCUGAAAGCCUGCACAAACUUUCCACCAACUCUGACUUUACUAAGUACGACCUGGGCAGCAGUAACACCCUGGGCAAAACGGACUCGUCUUGCUCUUCUCCGCUCAAGCCCAGCACGUUAGACCUUACCUACAGUGCCUUACCAGAGAGCAAGACGCCCACCAUCGCCCUGGCCGGGCCCGGGCAGAGAGGUCCCACGCUCAGGCACCAGGCCGUGGGAGGGUCGCCCAUCCAGCCGGCCGUAAGGACUCAGAUGUGGCUGAGUGAGCAGAUGGAGUACCGGCCGGGACCGGAGGGAUGUGGCUCGUGGCAGCAGGAACAGCAGCAGCGAGAGCGGCUACGACAGGAAGCAGAACUCCCACAGAUGCUGGGUGGAACAUCUCUCCCUGUCAAUACCCUGGUAAAGAUUAAGGAGGGACUCCUGAGGCAGAGGGAACUGGAGAUUGACCGGCAAAAGCAGCAAAUCCUUCAGCUCCAUGCGAGGAUCAGGGAAAACGAGUUAAGGGCGCAACAAGUCCUCCAAAACCAGAGGGGGCGCUAUGAUGACUCAUAUCUGCUCAAAGCUAAGGACUCUCCGUAUGACAGUCCGGUAUCCAGCCAGAGUCCGAAGUCCCAGCUGCCGGAGCGCGUGAGUCCCCUGUCCUGUGAGAACGGAGAGCUGGGCCGGAAACUAGCUGCGGCAGAGCUGGAGGUCAUCCACCUCAGCGAAUUUCUCAAACAGAACACACAGAAAUACACUGAAGACAUCAAGAAACUGGAGGAGAAGAUGAAAACACGUGACCGCUACAUCAGCAGUCUGAAGAAGAAGUGCCAGCGUGAACAGGAGCAGAAUCAGGAGAAGCAGCAGCGCAUCGAGACGCUGGAGAAGUACCUGGCAGACCUGCCCUCGCUGGACGAGGUCCAGACACAGGCUCAGCAGUUGCAGGAAGUGCAGGGGAAGAAGCAGACUUUGGAGGACACAGUCGCCCAGCUGGAGAAAACCCUGGAGGAGAACCGAGCCGUGCUGCAGGAGAAAGAUGCCCUCAUCGAGACCCAGUCCAAACGGGAGAAAGAGCUUAUGAGCGCUGUUCAGAGCCUGCAAGAGAAAGUGGAGAAGUGCUUGGAGGAUGGAGUACGGCUGCCCAUGCUGGACCUGAAACAGCUGGAAAGAGAAAACACUCGUCUGCUGGGACAACAGAGCCAGAAGAGCCUGCUGAUCGACGAUCAGAAGCAGCAGAUUGACAAACUCACUCUGGAGAUGUCGGCCCUGGAAAAGAAGCUGCAGAGGGAGAGAGGCAUCACGCAGGAGCUCCGCAAACAGCUCUUGGAACGCGAGGAGGAACUGGAAACCCUCUCCAAAACUCUUCAACAGAACCAAAGACGGCCAGACGAGGAGACGCUGAAUGUGACCCCCGGGUCCUGUCUGAAGGAGGCCGGGCCCCUGCUGAAGGAGAUGUCCCUGUGUCUGCUGGAUCUGAAGGGUCUGUGCAGUGUCCUCACACAGAGAGCUCAAGGAAAAGAGCCCAACCUGGCCCUGCUGCUUGGCAUCAAAUCUAUGAGCUGCUCGGCGGAGGAGAACGAGAAGCCGCUGAUGGAGGACGGCUUGCGGGCCAAGCUGGUGGAGGUGUGCCAGCUGAGGAAAGACAUUGACGAGCUGCGGACGCUCAUCUCGGAUCGUUACGCACAGGACAUGGGCGAAAACUGCGUGACGCAAUGAGCCAUUUCCACCUUGUCAGGCCCGACGGCGUUCCCAGAGAUCAUAAAGGGGAAAUAAAGUCAACCUCUCGGAAACAAACAAGGUCUUUCAGACCACUAAAGGUUGGACCAAGCUGUGAAUCCAGUUUACAAGGACGUCUUUACAACAAGUUUCUUGCGGACAUUGAAUUUUCAAGGAGUUUGAAUGUGUUAUUGUAUUUAUUGAGACCGUUUGAGUUCCUCACGCUGUUCCUGUCAAGUCGACUUUGAGGGAAAGUAGAGCAACUGGUGUCCUAAAGUGCCUUGUGUUCCUGUUUGUGUACCUUUAAACUUCAUGAACGUCACUGAAUUAUUUUACCCAAAGAAGCUGGUCCAUCCUCUACCCAACAGCUGCAGGUCGCAGGUCGAUGUUCAGGACCCUGUACAUCGAAAACACCAACAGGAACAGCAGCAUUUGAAAGCUCCUUCAUCGCCAACAUCCUGCAUUUUGUGUAGUUUA